AUGGAGACGACAUCAUUAGAUGGUGGCCGGUCAUGGGCCCAUGCCAUGAUCUCGACGGCAGCCACUCUGGCACGGCGAGAUAAUUCGCAGUCGGCGGGAAAUGGCCAGAAGAGCCAAGGCAUCGGCAUUGUGAGCUUCUUGACGGCCAUUCUGGUCUCCGUUAUCAUUUUCUUCGUACAGCUUUUACUUUUCAUCCUUUUAAGGAACAAAUUGGCAAGAGUUUUCAAGCCCAAGACGUAUCUUGUCCCCGAGCGCGAACGAACCGACUCGCCGCCAAACAACUUUUUUACCAUGAUUAGGGCCCUGAUCAUGUACAAUGAUCGACAAGUCAUUAACAAGUGCGGGCUGGACGCUUACUUUUUUCUUCGAUAUCUUAAAACCCUCCUCAUCAUUUUCAUUCCCAUCUGCGCCAUCGUCAUGCCCAUCUUGAUUCCCAUCAAUUAUAUUGGCGGUCGCGGCCAUGAUAUUGAUUUCCGCACCAACAGUCUAGACACCCUGGCCUGGGGUAAUGUCAAGGCGACCGAGACCAGUCGUUACGCUGCUCAUUUGUUGAUGGCAAUUCUUGUCGUCCUCUGGGUCUGUGGAGUCAUCUUCUUCGAGAUGCGCGCGUAUAUCAAAGUUCGUCAAGACUAUUUGACUAGUGCGGAACACCGACUGAGGGCCUCUGCCACAACGGUGCUUGUCAACUCCAUUCCCUCCAAAUGGCUCAGUGAAGAUGCGCUGUCUGGAUUAUUCGACGUCUUCCCAGGUGGGAUUCGGAAUAUUUGGAUCAACCGUGAUUUAACAAGUCUCCUGGACAAAGUCAACCUUCGAAAUAAGAUUCAUGCUCAGCUAGAAGCCGCCGAGACUGAACUGAUCCGGGCAGCCAAAAAGGCUCAGCUUAAGAAGCGAAAUGCCGAGGAAAAGAAGCAGCGCAAGGGGCUAUCGAAGAAAGAAAAGGCCGAUCGUCAAGCUGAGGAAGACGCAGAGGCCAAACGAAUGGCAAACAGUGGCGAAGGGACCAAUGAUGGCAAGCAGCACCACGUCCCGCACACAGUUGCCGAAGGCGUUAGAGAGUCACGUAUUGAAGAUAGCCACAAAAGAAAGAUGCAUAAGCUCAAAGACGUCCGAGAGGAAUCCGAUGAAUCGUCAUCAGACUCUGAUGAUGAUGGCCGGAAAUCCCAUUCGUCUGACGGUAGCAGUGUGGCGGUGCUUAGGAAUAUCAAGGGAGCUUUCAACAAGGCUGGCGAUCAGAUCGACGAUGUUGGGAUGAACAAUGGCUUUAUAACUCUGGCAAACAAACAGACUCUUCCCGGAGAAGAUGGCGCUCCAAAUCGAGGCUAUCAGUCUUUUGAAGCCCAUCGCACACAAACACAUUCGCGGGGAGCAUCGAAUGCGUCGGCUGCUAGCUCCACCAGAGCUAUUCGACAGAAUGCACCCGUUACGGUGGAAGGCAAUACAGUUCGAAAACUCGAAAACAUCGACGACAUGUACAACAUGGAGGAACCAAAGUUCUGGGAAUUCUGGAAGACACCUGCCGGCGGAUAUGCAUCUCCAGUCCCUCAGCAAAACGAGGCAGACGACUAUAUAGGCAAGCAAGGGCCUGAGAAGAGGACGUUGUGGCAAAAUAUUAAAGGCGUUCUUCCUUUUACGAGCGAAAAGGCCACCGAGACAAAUGACUAUCCUGCUGUCUACUUCAACGAGGAGUACAAGGUGGAGGAGGAAGAAACUGAGGCCGAGUGGGCGAAAUAUCUCAGAAAAAAGGACCGUCCGACCCAUCGACUACCACCCUGGGGAGUCUCAUGGCUGCCUGGCCUUCCGUUAUUCAACACAAAGGUUGACACCAUUUAUUGGUGCAGAACCGAACUGGCUCGACUAAAUAUGGAAAUUGAUGAGGAUCAGCAACACCCCGAAAGAUUCCCCUUGAUGAACUCAGCCUUUAUACAGUUCAACCACCAAGUGGCUGCCCACAUGGCUUGUCAAAGCAUUAUCCAUCACAUCCCCAGGCAAAUGGCACCACGAGUGAAUGAGAUUUCGCCUCGAGAUGUCAUUUGGAGCAACAUGGCCCUCUCAUGGUGGCAGGAAUGGGUGCGUACAGGUGCCGUUACCCUUAUCGUGUUGGCCAUGAUUUUCUUGUGGGCCAUUCCCGUCGCGUGGACGGCCGCCUUGGGCCAGCUGGAUCAGCUCAUCCAGCAGACAUCUUGGCUCGCCUUCCUGAGAGAUAACAAAGCUCUUGAGAAUGCGGCCAAGGGUGUUGCAGGUGUUCUUCCGGCUGCUGUGCUUGCUCUGCUCCUCAUCCUUGUUCCGAUGAUUCUGAAUAUUCUUGUUUUCCUUAUUGUCUCCAUUGCCUCGUUCUUUGCCGCUUCGAUCGACAAACUGGUCGACAAUAUCACGGAGCUCGACUCGGUCACAGCCGUAUUGGAUCUCCUCGCGACGAAUUUACCAAAGGCCGCCAACUAUUUCUUCUCUUACAUGAUUCUUCAGGCCAUGUCUACCAGUUCCGGUACUCUGUUGCAGAUUGGAGCCCUCUUUGUGUGGUUCAUCUUGGCUCGAUUGUUGGACAACACCGCGCGCAGCAAGUGGUCUCGAAACACUACACUGAGCGAUGUCAACUGGGGAACAUUCUUUCCCGUCUAUACCAACUUUGCCUGCAUUGCCAUUAUCUAUAGCGUCGUCGCACCGCUCAUUUCUAUUUUUGCCGUCAUCACGUUUGGGCUCCUCUGGGUAGCCCAGCGGUACUCCAUGCUUUACGUUACUCGGUUCGAAGUCGAUACCGGUGGUGUGUUGUACCCUCGUGCGCUCAACCAAACGUUUACGGGUAUCUAUGUUAUGGAGCUUUGCCUCGCCGGAUUGUUUUUCAUUGUGGUAGAUGACUCAGGCACCCAUACCUGCACGCCACAUGGUAUUGUCAUGAUUGUGGUCUUGAUCCUUACUAUUCUUUACCAAAUCCUCCUGAAUAACUCGUUUUCGCCUCUGUUCCGAUAUUUGCCCAUUACAUUUGAGGAUGAGGCUGUUCUGCGUGACGAAGCCUUCCAGCGAGCUCAGGACCGCCGCUUUGGGCUAUCGGGCGACUCAGACAUUGAGGAUGACGAGGAUGUUGAAGGCGGCCGAAGGGAGGAAGGUGGUACAGCAGAAAAAGCUUCCACCUCUAUGGAGAGUAGAGAAGAUAUUGAGCUGAGCGACAUUCAGCCAGGAAAGGGAAAAGUACGACUUGCAAACCCGGUGAAGAAAGUAGGAUCCUGGGCCAAAGGAGGCGGAAAGCAGGUGGGAUCCUGGGCCAAAGGCGGUGGCAAUCAACUGAAAAAACUGGCCAUGAUGGACAAUAACUCUCAGGCUGCCGAGUACCGGCGAAAGCAGCGAAGUAAAGAUCUCGAAGCACAACGCGCCAUAGGAGAAGCGCUGUACGGAGGGAUCCACGACGAAAUCGAGGACCUUACCCCCGAAGAGAGAGAUGUCCUGGUUCGACACGCCUUCCUCCACUCAGCUCUGCGAGCUCGUCGACCUGUUGUUUGGGUUCCUCGAGAUGACAUGGGCAUAAGUGACGACGAGGUCCGCCGAACCCGCAAUUAUAGUGAGCACAUUUGGAUCAGCAAUGAAGGCACGGCGCUGGACAGCAAAGUACGAGUGGUGUACGGCAGAUAUCCGCCGGAUUUCUCAGAGAUUGAUCUGAUUAACCUGUGA